GCUCAGUGAAAUGAAUUGAAUAAGCGGAUUUUCCCUCGGAAAAAGUGCUGGGCCGGCCAAAAUGACGGUCACCCGGAAAGUGCCGUCCAGCCAGCAUGAGCCAAGGCAGAAAAAGAACCCUUAAAGCGAGUAAACAGCGGGGUACACAGAAGUGGUUUUUUUCUUUACAUUUUUAAUUCCAUCUUUUCCCCAUAAUGUAUCGAUUCUCUCGUGCCAUGAAGCCUUUGGCUUCUAAUGGCUCGCGUGCAUUACACAUGUCUACUCGUUUGCCUUUGAAGCAACACAAGAAUGUCGCUGCAUUCCACACCAUGUCUUCUCGUUUGGCCGCUGCAAAGACAGCUCCUGAACCUAAUGAUGUUUUCAUGCAAGGCAAUUCGGCUGCUUACAUUGAAGAAAUGUUCGAAGCAUGGCUCAAGGAUCCUUCCAGCGUCCAUCUUUCCUGGCAGAUUUACUUUAAGAACAUGGCUAAUGGUGUCAGCCCUGGCCAAGCCUACCAGCCCCCUCCCACCAUUGUGCCAUCCGCCUCUGCACGUUUGCCUGCCCUCCCUGGCGCACAGAUGGCCACUGGUUCAUCGUCUGAAGUCAUUGAUCAUAUGAAGAUUCAAUUGCUUGUUCGUGCUUAUCAAGUUCGUGGACAUCACAUCGCCAACUUGGACCCUCUUGGUAUCCAGCACGUCGACCUCCAGAGCAGCACUCCCAAGGAGCUGGAAUUGAGCUAUUAUGGUUUCACCGAGAAGGACUUGGACCGUAAGUUCACCCUCGGUCCUGGUAUCUUACCUGCCUUCAUCGAUGGCUCCAAGGAGAUGUCUCUUCGUGAGAUUGUUGACAGCUUGAAAAAAAUUUACUGCGGCUCCAUUGGUAUUGAAUACAUUCACAUCCCUGAUCGUGCUCAGUGCGAUUGGAUUCGCCAACGCGUUGAAACACCUCAACCCUUCAAGUACACCAAGGAGGAGAAGGAGAUGAUUUUGGAUCGUCUUGUGUGGUCUGACAGCUUUGAGCGUUUCGUUUCAACAAAGUACCCUAGUGAGAAGCGUUUCGGUUUAGAAGGUGGAGAGAGUUUGAUUCCUGGUAUGAAGGCUUUGAUUGACCGCUCGGUUGAUCUCGGUGUCGAGUCCAUCGUCAUUGGUAUGCCUCAUCGUGGUCGUCUUAACGUCCUUAGCAACGUUGUUCGCAAGCCCAACGAAUCUAUUUUCUGUGAAUUCUCUGGCUCCAUCGAACCCAGCGCUGAAGGUUCUGGUGACGUCAAGUACCAUCUUGGUAUGAACUACGUUCGUCCUACCCCAUCUGGCAAGCGUGUUCAUUUGUCUUUGGUGGCCAACCCCUCUCACUUGGAAGCUGUCAACCCAGUCGUUCUCGGCAAGACUCGUGCUCUUCAAUUCUACAGCAAGGACGAGAACCGUGAUCACUCCAUGGCUGUUUUGAUGCAUGGUGAUGCCGCUUUUGCCGGUCAAGGUGUCGUCUACGAAACCAUGGGCUUCCACGAUCUCCCUGCUUACACCACCGGUGGUACCAUUCACAUUGUUGUCAACAAUCAGAUUGGUUUCACCACUGAUCCUCGCUUCUCCCGAUCAACCCCUUACUGUACCGAUAUUGCAAAGUCGAUCAAUGCUCCCGUCUUCCACGUUAAUGGCGAUGAUACCGAAGCUGUUACCUUUGUCAUGAAGUUGGCCGCUGACUGGCGUCAAACCUUCAAGCGUGAUGUCGUUAUUGAUCUUGUCUGCUACCGUAAGCACGGUCACAACGAAACUGAUCAGCCCAGCUUCACUCAACCUAGAAUGUAUGAAAAGAUCGCCAAGCAAAAGCCUGUUUUGGAAAAGUACACCGAGCAGCUUAAGGAAGAAGGCUCUGUUAGUGUUCAGGAAAUUGAGGCAAACAAGAAGCGUGUUUGGGAAAUUCUUGAAGAGAGCUAUACCAAGUCCAAGGAUUACAAGCCUACCUCCCGUGAAUGGCUUUCCAGCUCAUGGCCCGGUUUCAAGUCACCAAAGGAACUUGCUGAGGAGAUUUUGCCUCACUACCCUACUGGUGUCUCCACUGAGACUUUGCAACAAGUCGGAAAGGCCAUUUCCACCGUUCCCCAUGAUUUCAACAUUCACCGUAACCUCAACCGUAUCAUCCAGCAACGUGCAAAGAACUUGAACGAAGGCAAGGAUAUCGAUUGGUCUACUGCUGAAGCCCUUGCAUGGGGUACUUUGUUGUUGGAGGGCAAGCACGUCCGUCUUUCUGGUCAAGAUGUUGAACGUGGUACCUUCUCUCAACGUCAUGCUAUCUUGCACGACCAAAAGAACGAGACCCCCUAUACUCUCUUGGGCAACAUCUCUCCUGAACAAGCUGCUUUCACCAUUUCUAACUCUUCUUUGUCUGAAUAUGGUGUCCUUGGUUUCGAACUCGGAUACUCUUUGGUCGAUCCUAACUCUCUCGUCAUGUGGGAAGCUCAGUUCGGUGAUUUUGCCAAUACUGCCCAAUGUAUCAUUGAUCAAUUCAUUGCUGCCGGUGAGAAGAAGUGGCUCCAGCGUACUGGUCUUGUCGUCCUCUUGCCCCACGGUUAUGAUGGUCAAGGUCCUGAGCACUCCUCUUCUCGUGUUGAACGAUACCUCCAAAUGUGCGAUGACCAUCCCUACGUCUACCCAUCGCCUGAGAAGCUUAACCGCAUGCACCAAGACUGCAAUAUGCAAGUCAUCUAUGCUUCCACCCCCGCUAAUUACUUCCACGCUUUGAGACGACAGAUUCAUCGUGAAUUCCGCAAGCCUUUGAUUAUGCCCGUCUCCAAGGCCAUGCUCCGUCAUCCUUUGGCUCGCUCCACUCUCUCUGACAUGACUGGUAACACCUCAUUCCAAUUGUAUAUUCCUGAGGCCCACCCAGACCAUCUCGAGGCUCCUGAAAAGAUCACCAAGCAUAUUCUGUGCUCUGGUCAAGUUUACUAUGCCUUGUUGCGUGCUCGUGAGCAGAACAAGCUCAACAACAUUGCUAUUUCUCGUGUUGAACAGCUCAAUCCUUUCCCAUACGAGCAAGUUAAGGAACAUGCUGACAAGUACCCCAACGCUGAAAUCAUCUGGUGUCAAGAAGAACCCUUGAACAUGGGUGCAUGGUCUCAUGUCCAACCCCGUAUCACCACCGCUCUCUCUAAAUCCGAGCAUCACUCUGGCAAAUCUCCUAGCUAUGCUGGCCGAGAACCCUCUGCCUCUGUUGCCACUGGUAACAAGAAGCAACAUUUGCACGAAGAGUACUCUUUCCUCAGCAAAGCACUCCUUGGCGCCGCUGAGAAGCCCAAGGACGUCCAGUCCGGUGUUCCUGUCUGGGUUGUUUAAGAAACAAUGCAUUGCCGAGCCUGAUGAAAACUUCAGUGACUUGGUUCCUUCCCUUUACCUACUUUUUUCUUUCUUUUGGACGCCAUGUCCUUUCUCCCUCCUAAAAACUAUUCUUUCAAAGAAAAAAGUAUUCGAAUAAAUAUAGAUGGCGAUUUCGUUUUUUUUUAUUCUCACUAUGUAUGA